UGAUCACAUUAUCCUUCAUUGUUCCUUUGCUCAAGCCGUUUGGUAUGGAUGUUCCUUAUCCUACAAAGCUCCUCAAAGUAUUGAUUUUACAAUCACUGAUUGGAUUAAGGAAUGGCAUGCUUUCAAUUACCUUGGUAAGGAGUAGAGUAGGGAGGUGGUUAGCCUAUGUUCUUUCAUUGUUUGGACCUUAUGGAGAGGUCAAAACGAGUUAGCAUUGGGGAAAUGGGUUUGGACACUUGCAGAGGUCAUCUUUGCUGCUCAACAAGCUUUUGGGGAGUUCUCUUCUGUCAUCUUCCAGCCUCCUUCCAAGAGUAUUUCUGCUACAAAUCAUCCUCCAAAGCAGCAGAUUUGGUCUCCUCCUGCACACCCUCAUGUGAAGAUCAAUAGUGAUUCAUCUUGGUCAGUUAAUCGGCAAGUCUGUGGGUUGGGGAUCGUGAUCAGGGACCUGAAGGCCCAACCUCUUGCUGCAGUAUCUGAACCCUCUUUCUUUGCAAGUAUUCAUGAAGGGGAAGCUCUUGGAAUUUGUGGGGGGAUCCUUGAGGCUAUUUCUCUUGGUGUGGAGUCUGUCUUGGUCGUUCCAAAGAUGUCACCAGCUAUAUUACAUAGUCACCUUGGCAACCCCUUCCUCAACUGAGCUAAUCAUCUUUGAUAUCCUUCAUUAGUCAAUUUUUUUUUUUUUUUAAAGAUUAUCCAACUCCGCAGUGGAGACUCUCUAGCCUGGAAGGCAUUGUCUAGUUCAUGUAAAACAAUGUGGCCGAAUGAUUAGGAAUUCUCCCUCCACGUAUUCAACAAGAAAUGAAUAUAAAUCUUUCUUAAAAAAAAAGAAAAACCAACUCCGUAUCAUUCCAUAUUUGGUUAAUUUUACUUUAAAUCCAAAAACCCUUUGCCAUUCUUGAACACUCUUUAAGAAUCCUGUUGCUCCUUUUAAACUCAUUUGCUUCUGCAAUCGAAUAGUAGAGCUAAUUAAUGUUUUUGUACAUUGGAUUCACUUCAUUUCUUCUCAUUCAAUUGAACUUGGCAAAUUAACAUCUCCAUAAGUUCGAUGCUUGCUUGCAGGUCUGCAAGUAUUUUAAAGUUUGGAGCCACGCAAAUUUAAAUCUAGAAAGGAGAUUUCCAGCCUUCUGCUUGUGCAGAAAGAAUCCUCAAAAUUGUCAUCCAUCUGGAGAACAGUUGGGGGGGGGGGGUGGUUACAGAGGGACGAUUGCUUCAAAUAAAGCACAAAGAUAGCAUGUCAGAAGUGCAGAAGCAGCAGUUAGCUACUGCUCUAACCCACCAAAUGUAUGUACCAUCUUCACCUCCGCACUCGUUAACCUAUGAAACCCUCUUAAAAGCAGGGUCUCAUCUCAGGCCCCUGCAGCAAGUACAUGCCCACAUUAUCAUUUCUGGUCUCCACCACAAUCGAGCCCUACUCACCAAGCUGAUAACUUUGGCCUGUUCUGCUGGCUCAAUUGCCUACACUCGUCAGCUUUUCUUCUUUGUCCCCAAUCCCGACUCAUUUCUCUUUAACUCAAUCAUCAGAGCCUCUUCCAGAUCUGGUUUUCCUCUUGAUUCAAUUGUGUUCUACCAACGUAUGAUCCGUGCUGGACAAUUACGAUCAAAUUACACCUUCACAGCCAUUAUUAAGUCCUGUGCUGAUAUAGCGGCACUGAGACUUGGUAAAGUCAUACAUUCUCAUGUUUUGGCUUCUGGGUUUGGUUCAGACCCCUACGUUCAAGCUUCCCUUGUAACUUUUUAUGCAAAAUCCAGUGAUUUAGUAGCUGCCAGAAAAGUGUUUGAUAAAAUCCCUGAAAGAACCAUCAUUGCCUGGAAUUCGAUGAUUUCUGGUUAUGAGCAAAAUGGUUUUGCUAAAGAAGCAGUUGAAUUGUUCUACCAGAUGCUGGAAAUGAGGGUGGAACCAGACUCAGCGACUUUGGUGAGUCUGUUGUCUGCUUGUUCUCAAUUGGGAGCUCUUGAUUUGGGUCAAUGGGUAAAUGAUUAUAUUGUUGACAAUGGUUUUAGCGUUAAUGUAGUUCUAGGCACUUCUUUGAUUAACAUGUAUGCCAGAUGUGGUAAUGUGACCAAAGCUCGACAAGUUUUCAAUGGGAUGCUUGAACGAAAUGUUGUGGCUUGGACAGCUAUGAUUUCUGGAUAUGGUAUGCAUGGUUAUGGUAGCCAAGCCAUUGAACUUUUUUAUCAAAUGAGGAACAAUGGGCCACCACCAAACGAUGUCACGUUUGUGUCAGUCUUGUCUGCAUGUGCCCACUCAGGGUUAGUAAAUGAGGGGCGUCAAGUAUUCUUGUGCAUGAGCCGGGAUUAUGGGUUCAUGCCGAGGAUGGAGCAUCAUGUUUGCAUGGUUGAUUUGCUGGGACGUGCUGGUUUUCUGAAUGAAGCAAUUCAGUACAUAGAGGAAAUUAUACCUGGGGAGCCAGCACCUGCGGUGUGGACAGCAAUGCUUGGGGCCUGCAAGAUGCACAAAAAUUUCAUUCUUGGAGUGAAAGUGGCCGAAUGUCUACUGAAACUAGAACCUGAUAAUCCUGGGCAUUAUGUGUUGCUUUCAAACAUUUAUGCAUCAGCAGGAAGGAUGGAUCGAGUGGAAAGAGUAAGAAACAUGAUGAUACGUAAACACCUAAAAAAGCAAGUUGGCUAUAGCUUAAUAGACAUCAAUUUUGUGACGCACAUGUUUUGCAUGGGUGAUAAGUCCCAUCCACAGACUACUGAAAUCUAUCAAUAUCUUGAUGAGUUGAUAUGGAAGUCCAAGGAAGCAGGUUAUGUACCAGAAUCUGAUUCAGUGAUGCAUGAACUGGAAGAAGAGGAGAGAGAAUUUGCUGUUAGAUUCCAUAGUGAGAAGCUUGCAGUAGCAUUUGGUCUCAUGAACACCCACCAUGGGAUGCUAAUCAGGAUAGUGAAAAACCUUCGCAUGUGUGCUGAUUGCCAUUCCGCAAUCAAGUUCAUCUCAAUUGUUGCUAACAGGGAAAUUAUUGUUCGAGAUAAGCAUCGAUUCCACCAUUUCAAACAUGGGUCGUGUUCUUGCCAGGAUUACUGGUAAUCACCUUCAUUUGUUUGCUAAGUUUCAGUGUUGAUGGGAUGAAGUUGCAUGGAGAACCAGUUGCUAUUCAAAGAAGCCCUUUUAUCCUCCUCCCAGGAUUGGAAAUCGAGGUUAAGAUGUAACACUGAUCAGGAGUUCCUUCAAAAAUCUUUAAAUCUCCUUAUCAUGUGGCAAAGACUCUUCUUUUGGUGGCCCAUGUCUCAGUAGAAUAGUAGACUAUAAGAUUUCCCUUUUAUUGAAAGCAAAGCUGCCUCAAAUAGGGCAACAUUCUUCUGUUGGGAUUCUGAAAUGUCUUCUUGUUCGUGAAUACCUAAUGUAAAGAGGUGGCAGUGGAUGUCCAAUAUGUGGUCAUUCUGAGGAGACUGGAAUACAUUUUUAUGGAUUGUGCUUACACAAGUUUUCUGGGGUUCAGAUCUGUUUUAUUGGUUUGAAGUUUCAAAUAAAUAGCGUUCGUUAGCAGUUCAUUUCUCUGCAGGACCAAAUUCUCAGGGCUGCUGAGAGAGGGGAGAAGCAACUUGAUAUCUUGUUUUGGUCCUGAAACUUUCUUGUACUUGUACUGUGACCUUAGGUGGGCUGAAUUCUUUCAGGCUUGUCAUGUCCAUGACCUGCAACAUCAUUUGCCAUGGAGGUGCAGUAGAGAACUUUGUUCCAGGGGUCAGGUCAUUAUGGGACUCCACCCUAUGGGAAAAUUCACCUGGUUAUGGCUUGGAGGAAUUCCAACUUCCAAGUAGAUAGGAAGGAAAAGAAUGAAACAUUUUGGACUGAUAAGCAGGACAGUUAUUAGCAGAUAAUGGUAUUGAAGUUGCUGAAAAAGGAUAUAUGCUGAAGACAGCUUUUACAAAAGAUGGGUCGAUACUUGUCCUUGAAAGAGUACGACAACAAAAGUGGGAAACCGAUCACAAUGAAACAAUUGAAAAAGAGGUUCAAUGUUGUUCUGAAAGCAAUGUGGUAUGCAUGGGAGUACUUGAUUGAGAGGAAAGCAGCUAGGGCUGGGGGACUGUUGACCGGCCUACACUUAGCAACAUCGAAGGCCUAUGUUCAGAAGGAAAACAAUUCAAGUAUGGGCCACUGAAAAUUGAAACACAACUGAGGGAAUUAUUCAGUGAUCUUGUAACCAUGACAAUGCUGAUGACAGUGAUGAAGAUGAGGCUAUGGACAUCACAAGAGUAGUUGGUGAGACACAACAGCAACAAUGGGAUGCAUAUAGGAAAGAAAUUGCAGAGCAAAUUGAGCAAGCCUUUAUUAUUUUUCACAUAAGCUACUUCUGUUGCAGAUAAUGUAUUCCUCAAUCCAAUUGGCUCGCUCAAUUUGGCAUCCUUUUUUUUUUUUUUUUAAAGAGCAAAGCCUAUAUGUAUCCAGGAAUCAUUAUCUUUUAUUCUUCACAGAAGCUACUUCUGUUGAUGGUAUUAGAAGUUAAGAACUUAGAAGACUAUUAAAUGGUGGAACUAUUGUUUCUGGAGUUUUACUCUACUAUUUUAUUUAUCAGACUACUUCUGCACC